CGAUCAGAGCUGUAUGGGAGUGUCACGAGUGCGAUGUAAGAUGGCAUUAGAGUGUCAAACUUUUGUCGAUCGUAUGUUGAAUUCGUGUAUGUUAUCAAAUACACAACAUGAAUUCCGCGAGCAAGGUGGGUGAAAUUUUCACCGCGGCUGGUGCGGCCUUUAGUAAGCUGGGUGAACUUACAAUGCAACUGCAUCCAGUUACAGAUUCUCCAGCAGGUAAAUGGACUGACGAGGAAAUUGAGAUGCUCCGUCACUCGGUGAAGACCUUCAGUGAAGACUUGAACAAAAUAAGUGACCACAUCAAGAGUCGGACGGUUUCACAGAUACGAACUACCUUGAAGAAGAAAGCGUUUGAAGAGGCUGGAGUACCUAUCAGGCAACAGAUGAUUCCUCCGACAGCACAACAAUCGUUGGCUCAACAGCAGCAAUUGUCGAAACAACAAUCGGUAAAUCAGGCUCUAAUGGGAAAAUCUGCGGAUGUCACUUUAAAUAUGCUAAACGCAUCUGAGACAGAAGUAGAUGUUGAAGAACUUCAUGAUGACUGUCAAGUGAAAUUAGAAUUUGAAGGCGCUACUGAGGAAGUUACUUCUUAAUUAAAAGGACUUGGCAUCUUCAUCCAUCACUGUCAUCGUUAUCCUCAUUUAUCUUUCGCGACUUAUUUUGUUAUUAAUUGAUAAACUUAGUUUUAAAUGUAUGAAUUGUAUAAGUUUAAUAAUUUACAUUUCUGUACUAAAUGUGUAAGAACUAAAUUUCUUCACAUAUGUUGUCAUGUUAGGAAUUUUGAUUUUAAGAAACAUUUAAAAUCCAUUAUAAAAUAUUUAAAAAACAUUCGAAUCUAUCUAAUACCGAAUAAUCUAAUAUCGAAUAUGAUAAAAAGAAGAACUUACAGUAACAACAUUUACGAUUUUGAGAAACACCAGGGCCUGUAUUCUCUCUUUUAUCGAUAAAAGUGCUUCAAACGAUUUCUUAGCCAAUCAGGUGGUUCCUGAGCCACUUUUAAAGACAUUUUUAUCGAUAAAAGAAAAUUCAAAAUAUGAGCCCACGGACACAUGACGAAAAAAAUGAUUACAUGUUUUGCGUUUCUUUUAUUUAUAAACAAUCCGGUAUAAUAAUCUUAGCGAUUUUCACUAAAUUCAGAUUAAAGGUGACUUUUAUCAAACUGACUAAUCUAUUUAAUCUAAUCGAAUAUUUAAAAUCGCUAUUAGUGAAACAUUACUUGUUCUAUCUUAUUAAUAGCAGGUAGAAAUUAUAACUUUUCCUGUUAUUAUUUAACAACAAGUUAGAGUCGAUAUACAAAUAAAAAUCAACUACAAGGCAAAUAAAAGUUUGACUUCUAUGUAUAAAGAUGCUAUUUCAUGCAGUGAAGAAAAACCAGCGUAUUACCCUCUCUACCACAAUGCAAAGGAGUGUUUCUGUUCACUUGCUUCCUCUUCAUGAAGCGUGUCUUCGCUAAUUUUUUUGGCCACUGUAAAGAAAAGAAGGACGUCAGGCUUUUUGGCUUUUGUAUAUAAGUAUUGUGCAAAUAAUUUAAAAAAAAGCGUUAUUUGGAGAGUAUGGCAAGUGUCAUUAAUCACAAAAAUUUACUACAAAAAUGGAUUAUAUAUAUAUAUAUAUAUUUUUUUUUUUCUGGUUCUGCCGGAAAUCGAACCCUCUAGCAUAGCAGACCAGUGCGCUGAUUACCAUGCCACGUUCACGCUUAAAUCAGAUGUACAUUUUAUAAUUUAACGAAACUUAAAAGUUCGCAGGUACAUAAGAAACUUACUAUAUUACUAUAUUUAUGGCAGAAUGUCUUACAUAUAUAAAAUUGACACAUUGAUAUAUAUAUGAUAUCAUUCAUAUG